AUGGAAGAUAGAAUACAAAGUAGAAUUGAUAGAGCCUUUGGGAAUUAUGAAUGGAUAAUGAAAUGGGGCAAUGUAACAGUGGAAUAUGAGCUACCUGGGAUUUCAGACAAUGCACCAAUGCUACUGAGUUUGGGAGUGGAUCAAGCUAACACUAGGAGUCCAUUUAGAUUCUUUGAUGUUUGGGCAGAUCACAAAGAGUUUACACAGCUAGUAGAAGAAGCUUGGCAACAGUGCCAAGAUCCUUGGCUAAUGAGAGGAACAUGGAGGAAGUUGAAAAGGCUACGACCUAAAUUGAAGACACUGAACAACAGAGAAUUUAGGAAUGCUGAGCAAAAAAUGGAAGAUGCAAGGGAAGAAAUAAAGAAAAUACAAAGGCAAAUACAGCAAAAGUUUGAUGAUGUAUUGCAAGCUCAAGAGAGGGAUGCACUGCAGAAAUUAAAGAAGUGGUCAAUGAUAGAAGAAAGCAUUAUGAAGCAAAAAUCUAGGGAUAAAUGGAUAAAACUGAGAGAUGCAAAUACCAAAUACUUCUCAGCAGUAAUGAAAGAAAGGAAGCACAGGAAACAAAUAAAAGACUGA